CGUAAGAAUAUGGGCGGGGCUAAGCAAGUGACAGGCAGCAUACAGAAAACUUUGUUAGCUACCUGCUAACUAUGCUCCAUCGUAUGUUCGGCAAUGUUACUAGCUUGACGCAGGAAAUAAACAGUCUUCAAAAAGAUGGACUGCCAUGGAGAGGAUGAUGGAGAAUUGUGCAGAUGGAUGAGUUCGGUGCUGGUUAACAGCAAAAAUGACAUCAGAGCACGAGUGCAACAGUUUGUGGAGGAAAGAAUGCAGACCACCAUGCUCACAGGUGUGCUGAUUGGCGCUGCAGUUGCAAUCUCACUCAUUGGGAUUGUAGUACUCUUCCUUUACAGGAGAUUCAAGCUUGCUCGUCAACAGCAGCCUGGUGUACCUCAGUAUCGCUUCAGAAAACGAGAUAAAGUGCUCUUCUAUGGAAGGAAGAUGAUGCGAAAGGUACAGACGCUGUCCUCCAUUCCUUCUUCCACCUCUACCUCAGUAUCAAAGCAACCGCAGCGCAUACGCAAAAGAACCAAAGUUCUAAGCAUAGCUCGCAAAAUUCUGAGGAUCCGCAAAGAUCCUCCCACCCUGCAGCCCAAGGAACCUCCUCCUUCCCUGCUGGAAGCUGACCUAACAGAGUUUGAUGUGCAGAGCUCAAACCUGCCCUCCGAAGUCCUCUAUAUGCUGAAGAAUGUCAGGGUUUUGGGUCAUUUUGAGAAGCCCCUGUUCCUAGAGCUGUGUCGUCACAUGGUGUUUAUCGAGCUGCAGGAGGGUGAAUGUCUGUUCAGGCCCGGAGACGAUGACGAUAGCAUCUAUGUGGUCCAGGACGGACGACUGGAGCUCUGCAUCCAUGAGAACGAUGGUACAGAACCAGUGGUGAAGGAUGUGGCCCCAGGAGACAGUGUCCACAGCCUGCUCAGUAUUUUGGACAUAAUCACUGGUUAUCCAGCUCCAUAUAAGACUGUAUGUGCGCGGGCUGCAACUCGCUCCACCAUCUUACGUUUACCUGCAUCAGCCUUUGAGUCAGUGUUUAAGAAAUACCCAGAGACACUUGUUCGCGUCAUUCAGAUAAUCAUGGUGCGCCUCCAGCGAGUCACCUUCUUGGCAUUACAUAACUAUCUGGGCCUAACAACUGAGCUCUUCAAUCCGGAGAGUCAGGUGGUACCCUUGUCCAAUAUAAACAGCGUGAUGGGAGAGGCGACUUCUGGGAAGAUCACUCGUCGUCUGUGCUUCCAGGACGAGUUGCACGCUGGGACCAUCGAGAGCCCCACAGAGACAGAUGGCGUAAAGGACAGUUCUCCAAACAGCUACAGGAAGCCGCGAUUCAUCUCGAUGCCCACUGCCGACUGCACAGGUAAUGACCUGAACAUGGCUUGUGAACGAGCUCGUGUCACUAUAGAUGAGGCUCCGUCCAGUCCUGUCACUCUCAAAUCCAAUCUGAAGAAGAGUGUGACAAUGCAGCACACACCCACUGAAGUAUUUCACUACACAGACAGUGGGGGGCACUCUGAUGCCAUCCACCUUAGUAAGAGCUGCACAAUCCUCCAGGCUGCUAAGAAGGACCUGCUGGGAAUCAUCCAGCUACAGGACCCCGAUCUACUUGACGGCAGAGUGACCCUCCAUCAAGUCAAAGCUGGUUCUGUGGUGGCUCGUCAGGGAGACCAGGAGGUGAGCAUCCAGUUUGUGAUCUCCGGCCUCCUCCAUGUUUACCAGCGGAUGAUUGACCGUGAAGAAGAGACACGUUUGUUUGUGACGCACCCCGGAGAGCUUGUUGGUCAACUUGCUGUCCUGACCGGAGAGCCCCUCAUAUUCACUGUUCGAGCCCAGCGAGACUGCAGCUUCCUCUCCAUUUCCAAAACCCACUUCUAUGAGAUAAUGCGUGAGGAGCCAAAGGUAGUGUUGAACGUCGCUCACACAGUGGUGAGGAGGAUGUCAUCUUUUGUCAGACAGAUAGACUUUGCUCUUGACUGGAUGGCUGUGGAAGCUGGCAGGGCGGUGUACAGGCAGGGAGAGAAAUCCGACUGUACUUUCAUAGUGCUGAGUGGUCGACUGCGUUCUGUAAUCUUGAAGGAAGAUGGCAAGAAGGAGCUGAUAGGAGAGUACGGACGCGGUGACUUGAUUGGAGUGGUGGAGAGCUUGACCCAUCAGAACAGAGCCACCACAGUGCACGCUGUACGAGACUCUGAACUGGCCAAGUUACCAGUAGGAGCUCUCAGCUCCAUCAAGAGGAAGUUCCCACAGGUUGUAACCAGGUUGAUCCAUUUACUGGGACAGAAGAUCCUCCAGCAGGUCAAUGGUCCUCUGACAGCUCGCAGUUUGGCCGUUCGCACUCCUGGCAGUAAGUGGGAUGUAGGGAACCCAGCCUCCAACCUCUCCACUGUGACAGUCCUGCCUGUAUCAGAAGAUGUACCUCUCACCGCCUUCACCCUGGAGCUGCAGCAUGCACUCAUGGCAAUAGGUCCCACUCUUCUGCUGACCAGUGAGACUAUCAAACAGCGACUUGGAUCUGCAGCACUAGACAGUGUCCAUGAGUACCGCCUGUCUAGCUGGCUGGGCCAACAAGAAGACCUCCAUCGCAUAGUUCUUUACCAGACGGACUACACACUGACCCCGUGGACACAGCGGUGCAUCCGUCAAGCUGACUGCAUCAUUAUUGUGGGACUAGGAGAGCAGGACCCUGCUGUUGGGGAGCUGGAGCGUAUGUUGGAAGGAAGUGCAGUGCGUGCCCAGAAGCAGCUCGUGCUGUUGCACAAAGAAGAUGGCCCUCCACCCAAAGGAACUGUGGACUGGCUAAACAUGCGAAGCUGGAUCUCCAGGCACCUCCACCUCUCUUGUCCCCGAAGGGUCUUCUCUAGGAGGAGCCUGCCCAAACUGUUGGAGCUAUAUCAACGUGUGUUUGAGAAGCCAGCAGACCGCCACUCAGACUUCUCCCGCCUGGCCCGCGUCCUCACGGGCAAUGCCAUUGCUCUUAUCCUGGGAGGAGGAGGUGCCAGGGGUUGUUCACAGGUGGGGGUAAUGCGAGCUCUCUGCGAGGCCGGUAUCCCAGUGGACCUCAUUGGUGGCACCUCCAUUGGUUCCCUGAUGGGGGCACUUUAUGCAGAGGACCGUAGCCACAGCCGGAUGAGGAUGAGAGCCAAAGAAUGGGCAAUGGAAAUGACAUCAGUGUUUAAGAAGGUUUUGGAUUUGACAUACCCAAUCACCUCCAUGUUUUCCGGCGCUUCCUUCAACUCCAGCCUCAGCAAUGUCUUCAAUAGCAAACAGAUUGAGGACCUUCGGAUCCCGUAUUUCAAUAUUACAACUGACAUCACUGCCUCUGCCAUGAGAGUACACACUGAUGGUUCUUUGUGGCGGUAUGUUCGAGCCAGCAUGUCUUUGUCUGGGUAUCUGCCUCCUCUCUGCGACCCCAAAGAUGGACACCUGCUGAUGGAUGGAGGCUACAUCAACAACUUGCCAGCUGAUGUUGCGCGCUCCAUGGGGGCUAAAGUGGUGAUAGCUAUUGACGUGGGUAGCAGAGAUGAAACCAACCUCACUAAUUAUGGCGACUCACUCUCAGGCUGGUGGUUGCUAUGGAAACGCCUCAACCCCCUAGCUGAGAAAGUAAAGGUGUUAAACAUGGCAGAGAUUCAGACUCGGCUGGCCUACGUGUGCUGCGUUAGGCAGCUGGAGUCUGUGAAGAGCAGUGACUACUGCGAGUAUAUCAGACCUCCAAUCGACAGAUACGGAACACUGGAGUUUGGCAAGUUUGAUGAGAUUGCUGAAGUGGGAUACCAGCACGGAAAGACUGUGUUUGACGUGUGGAUUCGCAGUGGAGUGGUGGAGAAAAUGUUGAAAGACCGACACCAGGAGGAGUUCUUCAAAACCCAAAGCAAGAACCACGUGGUGACGUGUCCCAAUGCUUCCUUUACUGACCUGGCAGAAAUUGUGUCCCGUAUCGAGCCUGUCAAACCGGCUCUGGCUGCUGAGGAGUCAGACUACCACACUGACUAUGAAGAGGAGGCAGUGGAGAGCGCUCUAUCUGACAUGGAGCUAUACAAUCGCUAUGGAGAGCACACUGAAGGGGAGGAGACUGCUGACACGGAUGAAGAGUUGGAAGGGAGAAGUGCAGGCCACAUUACCUCACUCCCCAGCAGCCACCCCCAGUCUUCCACCGCCUCUGACAGUCCGUCAAACCAGGAAAUGCUUUCCAAACAGUCCGUUAAGUGAAGACUGGUCUAAUGAACUCUGCCCUAUCUCUGCCCAUCACAAUUUAACCUUCCUGUCUUUAACCCUCCAGUCUGUCCCACACUAUGACUCAAAACCUGUCCCCUGCCGCUACGACUGUCAGCGUAUUACCAUUUUGCCCUCUGUAACGUGGCCUCGUUAGCUGCGUGGUUGACAUAACAAAUGGACGGCCCCUUUAAAAUAACUAAAUACAGGCCGCUAGGAUCACAUUUACUCAGCUGCAAAUCCUAUGCAUUCCUAUUAUACAGCCACAAGUCUAAUUAUUUCUCAUAUUGAGAUAGUUGAGCGUACAUGAAUCAGUCUAGUGGAAGAUAGGUUAACAUCUAGUGUUUCCAUGAAAUGUUUAGUUCAUGAAACUAGGUGAAAACCAUGAAUCUUUUUGACAAAUUUGAGAUGGUUAAAGAGCCAGUUCACCUAAAUUCCCAAAUUACACUCCUGUUAUCUAGACAUGCAGAUAGUUUUGAAAUGAUUUUGACAUAUAAUUCUACCAAACACUGUUAAAAGUUUACAGCAAAAAAAUCCAACAAAGAAAAACACUAAAUGUUUGGUUUUUAUCCUCUUAAAAUUCACACCUUUUCAGACCACUAAAGAUAAUUAAAAUCAAAGCAUACAAGCAAAUU